UCUGUCAUUGUUUACAAUGUGACUUCCGGGUUUGAAAAAACAGCCGAAAUUCACCACUAGUUUGCGAUCAUGAGCCGUAUUUACGAUAAUCAACCAUUGUCAAAUUUGCCUUUGAUAAAUAUCAAUUUGAGUGAAGAAUGGAAUAGCAAAAAAUAUGAAAGUGGCAAUGGAAUUUUGUUUGAGGGAUGCAUUCAAAACCGAUCGCAUUUUCAGAUUUCUGAUUGUAGGAAAACAAAGAGCCAGUAUUACAUAUUUUUCAUCAAGAUAUUGAGGGCACACAGACGUAAAUUUGACAGCAACGGGACUGAAAUCGAGCCAAAUUUCAGUGAAACUAAAAAGGUUUCAACGGGAUUUUUGAAUUCAUCAUACAAGGUGGAGGCGAGAGGUCAGACUGACCUUCUAGACAAAGCACAGGCACUUUCUGCAAUAAAUAAACCAGAACUCACUAAACAUACAGACAAGCAUGGAUCGCCCGAUUUAGCUGCUCUAUGGGUACCUGAAGACCAGAUUGGAGGUCUUGAGUACGAGUCAGGUGAUGACGUUAGAGUGAAAACGCGAGGAGAUGGCCCAUUUGUGUUCAGUAUUUCAAAGAUUGACAGCGUGUCAUCUACAGUCUCAAAUUAUGCCGGCGGAGAAUCUGUCGGGGCAUCGUGGACAGACAAGAUAAUGGAUAUGAAGUCAGACGUGCCGACGACUAAGGAGAACGAGGGUGUUGAUGACGACGAAUGGGAUGACUGAUUAUUGUGAUGGACAAAGUUCGGGAGACAGUAUGCUUAGGUGUUUUGGGAAGAGAUCUGAGGGCUUUCUUGGUGCAAUAGUUUUACUUAAUAAACAAUAUACUAUCCUUAUAUAGCAAUAUUUUUUUUUCUUUAUGUUAAAAAAAUCUUUGCGUAAUUAGUCUGCUUUUGAAAGUUCGAGUACAGUUUAUAACUGGUCAUUUUACAUGUUUCUUUUGUAACAAGUGUCAAAUAACUUGCUAGUUUUGUAAAAUAAAAACUAUAACCUUUCUUGUUAUUUUGGGAGAUAUUUAUGUGUAUACUUGUACAUAAUUUUCUGACACUGCACAUGUAUCUAGUAUAUCAAUAAAAUACUAACUUGUUGCAAGUAGUAGAUCAUU